UUCCUUUUCCAAGAUGGAUGCGCCCAUCAACAACGUGAAAUAGCAGUGCACUUGGAUACGUCGACGUGGGAUUUCAGCAUUGUUCCCUGAGUCACUGUACGCCAAUCCGUCAUCAUGGAUGAAGGAGAGAGCAGCACAGGCGCAUCUGGAUCAGAUGCAGAGUUCGUACCCCGGGAAGAUCUCAUUAAGAGCGUGAUGGAAUUGGGCUGCAGCAGAAAUGCGGCAAUUAAAAGUUUAUUCUAUACGGGCAACUAUAACGCAGAGUUGGCAGCAGCUUGGUUAUUUGAAAACUCUGACAAGAAUCUUGAUGGCCCUCUGGAGGAUGAUGUUGAGAGCGGUAGCGACAGUGAUGUUGAGUUCAUGUCUGGUGGCGCCCUCUACAAGAUGGUGUUUGUGGUAAACGGAGAGCUACAGAUGGGGGUGGGCAAAGUUGCAGCCCAGGUGGCCCUCGCGUGUCUGGGGUUGUUCCGUAAACUCAUCGAUGAGCAGAUCAAGUAUGCAGAGAUGCUCAUCAGCUGGGAACAGUUUGGAGAGACAAAGAUUGUAGUAAAGGGGGAAAACAUUGGCCAGCUGAAAGAACUCCAAGCCAAGGCAGCUGGUCUUGGUCUGCCCAACUACACAGUACAGGAUGCAGGUAGAACACAGAUUGCAGCUGGCUCCACGACAGUACUGGCCAUUAUAGGAAAGGUGGAUGCUGUUGAUCAAGUGUCUGGAAAACUGAAGCUGUUAUAACAUCCCUUCAUCCCCACUGUCACAUGACCAUGCAGCAUCCAGUGUCACAUGACCAUGCAGCAUCCAGUGUCACGUGACUUGCAGGAAGAUGAUGGAGCAAGGCUGUCAUCAACUCAGUGUCACAUGACCAUGCAGCAUCCAGUGUCACAUGACCACGUAGCACCCAGUGUCACAUGACUUGCAGGAAGAUGAUGGAGCAAGGCUGUCAUCAACUCAGUGGGAGAUUUGCAGCCUUGGUCUCACCUCAGUUGUUCACAGUCACCUCUUGUUAUAGCCUGUGCUACUGAACAUGAACCAUUUGAGAAUUUGUUUCAAAAGAAAACAAUAAACAUUUUUGUCUCAUUUUAUCAUCAGUUUAGAUCGAUAUCGAAUCAUUUAUUAUUAUCAAAGCAUCAUUCAUCAUUUAAUCACAGUAAAAAGGUUUCAGUUAUGAUUUGUGCCAGUAAAGAAAUUAUCAUAUUUUUUAUAUUAUAAUUUUGUUAAAAUCAAUUUUGCAAUUAUACUCUAGGACAUAAUUGUCUUGCUAUCUUUUAGAGUGCUCCUUGGGAGUUUAUACAUCUCUCCAUUUGAAGAUGUGAUUGAGGGCAUAAUUGCUGCUUCUGGCUAGGGCUCAAUGUCAACAAGCCAUGACUCCCUGAAGUCUGUUUUAACAAACCCAUAAUGAAAUAUUGAAUGCCAAUGUUUUAACAGUGCUGGUGUUUUCACUGAGACCCUCCAUUGUUUGUAACUCACUGUGAACAUCUUUAUGGGGUCAUUGCCAUCCAUGCAGUGCUGUAAUGAUGCACAAAUGAAAGAUACAUCUUUGGUGAAUUGUUAAAGACUUUUCAAACUAUCCACAUCACCAAAGGUCCGAUAUGUAUGCAACUAUUGUUUAUGAGAAACCACUUGAUUCAACUUGUUUUUGUUUCCUUUACAUAUCUUGGUGUUUAUUAAAAUUUGACAUGAGUUUUACCUUCAACAUAUUUAUAUGCACAAUAACAGGGUUUGACAAAUAUUUAUUUAGUUAGCAAACAAACGUCGAUGGCACAACCGAAGCAAAGCAAAAACAAGUAUUUUUAGUUUUAUCUUUUGCAUUUCACUUUUUCUAAUUUGUCCAUACACCUGCUAAACAGCAGCAAAGAGAGAUCCUGUUGCCAUUUUAACCAGCUGGCCCACCUCAGGUUCAAAAAUGAAGUGUUGGUUGAUGUUUGAAGUAAUUUGUUUUGUGGGUCUUCAUCUUAAAACCCUGCAUAUUGAGUCAUCUCAAUAGUAAUGGCAAUACUCCUAUCAUCAUGCAUUUCAAAUGUAAAUAGAAUAAAACACUGUUCAUUAUAA